GCGGGUUUAGGUUCGUGACAUAAAGUGAAUGCAUUACGGGAGUCAGUUUACUUUGCCUGAUUGAUGCGUCAUUGUGAGAAAUAUGUGGCUCCGUGGGAAUCUCGUGGUGAUGUUAUUACUUGCCUGUUUUGCACAGAAUGUCUCCACGAGGGACAAAGACAUGCGAGAGCAGAGAAAAGGAAAGAAGCAGGUAGGCGAUAUGGUCACGUAUAGUAAAGAUGUCUUUAAGGGGACAUUCUCUUCCAAAAGCCAAGCCCAGUGCACGUGGAUAGCAACUGGAGAAAAAAAGUACACUCUGAAGGUCACCUGCAUCCCGGGGCCAGGGAAGACUCGUGAGGGAAUUACUUGCGAGUAUACGGGCGAUCCCACAAGAUGCCCUGCCUACGCCACCAACAAGAGAAACUACUGGAAGCAGAUUGCUCGCUCCCUUAAAAAGCAAAAAGAGCUUUGUACAGAUAAUCGCACCUUAGUACGGGCGGGAAUGUGCAAGCGCGCGCAAUCGGAUGCGCACUUUAAACUUACCGUUCCCAUUGCAUCGAAGCACAUUAAAGCUGUGCAGUCGAAACCCGUACAUGCCACAACAUCCAGGACUGUUACCAUUAUUAAGGCCGAAGGUCCAGAGAGCACGCGCACAGCGGACUGCACAGAACACAAUGAUCACACCAAACGCGCAGAAGAAACGUGUGGAAAUGCGUGGGCAAGCCUCUGCACGUUCAUAUUUACGUUUGUUCAGAGUGGCGACUGCUGAAUGUGUGUGUGCUGGUGGGGACGGGACGUGGACCUUUAAGUAUAACGUGUCUCCACUAUGUUUAGAGUACGACUUGUCAAAUGUACGAUAUGUGUAUCAUGAAAGUAAUUGUACGUUUUUAUGUAAAUGUAAAGAAUUGUCAUAGUUUCAGUACAGUAAAAUCCCCAAAGAUUUUGUAUUUGACCAUUUUCAUAGAAUUCUAAAUAUUGGAUCUUUUAAAAUUCUAUUCUAUUCUGUGAUGAUUCUGGUACAAGUGAUCUCUUAUCCUCUCCAAACAUAAAUAUAUGUACAAAUUUCAUGGUUCACAUUUUGGUGUAAUUAAUAACUUCAAUAUCAUUUCCACAUAUAAUAGUCUAUAUUUAAUAUAUAAUAUUGAUAAUAUCUAUAAAUAUCUAUAUUGAAUGUGUAACGUCCUUUAAUGUAAUUAUUGAGGCAUGACAGGGAUUCUUAAUUAGUUGCAUCUGCAACAGAGCACAAAUCACUACACAUCAUUGACUCCUAUAAAAAUACUCCAUCUUCAUUUUGACUCCACCCCAAUUACUAUUUAACUGAGUUACAAUAAACAGAUACAGUAUUA